AUGGCACGGGCCACCGCUGGCACUGUUUGGUUGCCGCGAAGGGGAAAGUUCGUAGCCCGGAGGUGGCUCUCCAGGCGCUGCAGCAAGGAGCCAUUUGGGGAUGCUGGGGACACCGGGGACCACGGAGAUGGAGGUGACGCAGGGGACUGUGGUGAUGCUGGGGACCGUGGAGAUGCAGGUGACCUUGGGGACACUGGGGAUGCUGGUGCCUCUGGGGACCUUGGGGACACUGGUGACUGGUAUUGUGGGGAUGCUGGUGAUACUGGGGACCUCGGGGAUGCUGGGGACCCUCGAGAUACUGGGGAUGCCGGAAACCUUGGAGAUGCUGGUGACCCCAAGGAUGCAUCUGGUGACACUGGUGAUGUUGGUGGUCCCAGGGACCCUGGUGACCCCGGGGAUGCUGGUGACACUGGGGACCUUGGGGAUGCCGGAGACCCACGGACUGAUGGUGACGCUGGGGCCACUGGUGACGCUGGGGACCCCAGGGAACCCUGA